AUGUCUACCGUUGUGACCACCGCUCCCCCUGUCCAGACCAUGUCUCUCCAGGCAGUCUCUCAGUCGGGCUCUUCCGACGAAGAGCUUUUGCAGCUUUUCCGCCGAGUGACCAUCACCAGCUCUGACGGCCAUGAUGUGUCUGAGAUGCAAAUCAAGAAGGCCUUCCAGCAGGAAAUCAGCCGGCCCCUGGGUCGACAGAUGCUGGAGGCAUCCUUGGCGCACGCGAAUGGCUGCUCUUGCUAUCACUGGAACUACCAUGACCGCAUCAGCGGCAAAGUCAACAUCUCUCGGGUUGAUUUGACUUUUGACCUGACUUCAAAGAGCAUGGGACAGGCCGUGAAGGGUGAAGCUGCUGGCUUCUACAGGCCUAACAGUGCCUUUAUCAAUGCAACCGUCUACUAUGACGACCAGCAAUACCUCCAGGGCAACCAGAGCGUCCAGAUCUACAUGGAUGGAAGCAAAUUUAUCAUUGACUUCUUCACCACCGACCAGUCGGAGAAGCCAAUUGCGCGUAUCGUCCAGAACGCCUCGUCCUUUACCUUCCAGGGCACUGACACUGGUGACGCUACCUGGGGUACUAACUAG